GAAAUUAUGCUGUUGAAAAUUUUAAAUCUUAUGUAUUUUUAGUGUAAAAAUUCAAAUAUUUCAUUAAAAAUCAUUUUUUAAAUCGAAGAAAUCCAAAUUCUGCUUCUCUAGAAGCACUUGGCUCUAUGACAUCCAUAAAAUAAGAGUUUUGAGACUUUUGACAUAUCAAUAAGGCACCAAAAUGUUAACAAAAUAAUCAGAAAUUCGUCACCGAAAAAAUAUCUGCUUAAAAACUUGACACAAGUGACGAUAAAAGUAAAUUACUCAGUCAUCAUCUAAACGAUUUUUAAAUUAAAUUUACUUUUUUACGAAGAAAAAAAGAAGUAAAAUUUUCAUGAGCCUGAAGUCAGACAAUUAAAAAUUUUCGGAUUUCUUCGAAAAAAAUAAAGACUAAAAGUAUGCGCAUGUGGAAAAUUAAAAAAUCUACAGUGAACGGCGGAUAUUAAAAUAAUUUGAAAUGUUGGAGGUGGGAUUACGGGUUGUCAGAGGCUACGAUUGGAAAUGGAAGGAUCAGGACAAUGGAGAAGGUCACGCUGGUACCAUAGUUGAAAUAGGCAAGCCGCCUUUGCCACCAGGAAACGCAACAACUUCGAGCUCCAAUCCUACAGACAAAACACCCGACAAAACUGUAAUCGUCCAGUGGGACCACGGGUCUAGAAGUAACUACAGAAUCGGUUAUCAAGGUUACUAUGAUUUACUCGUAUUUGAUAACGCAGCUGCUGGGGUCCAGCAUAAUAAUAUAAUUUGCGAUGGAUGCAAAAGACACGGAAUCGUUGGUAUCAGAUGGAAGUGUGCGCAAUGUCAUGACUAUGAUCUUUGUACCCAAUGUUAUAUGGGUGAUACGCAUGAUCUGACUCAUAUUUUUCAGCGAUUCCAGACAGCUAACGCAGUAGGAGUCCAGUUGACUCCUAGAACAGGUUGCACUAAAAUACCAUUGAAAGGUAUUUUUAUUGGAGCUAAAGUCGUACGAGGACCAGACUGGGAAUGGGGAAAUCAAGACGGUGGUCCUGGAAAAACUGGACGAGUAAUUGACAUUCGUGGGUGGGAUAAUGAGAGCAGUCGUUCGGUAGCAACUGUGACGUGGGCAUCAGGAAGCACGAAUGUAUAUCGACUUGGUUACAAAGGUUGUGUUGAUCUUUGUUACGUUGAAUAUGGAACUUGCGGGACUUAUUAUAAAGAACAUUUGCCAGUUCUUGGUCAAUCGAUAAUGACAAUGGCUGAGGAAAAUAAUGCCACUGGCCAAGGGGACAAUUUGGGUCAAUUAACGUUUAAUGUCGGUGAUAAAGUCAAAGUAUUACGAGAUGUUGAUACACUGAAAGAUAUGCAGGCUGGUCAUGGUGGUUGGAACCCACGGAUGGCUGAGUAUAUUGGAAAAGUUGGGACAGUCCAUCGGAUAACUGACAAAGGUGAUGUACGUGUACAGUAUGAAGGAUGUAAUAAUAGGUGGACCUUUCAUCCGCGCGCUUUGACCAAAGUAACGAGUCAGGAUACGUUUGUUCUCGGUGAUAUUGUACGAGUUAAAAAUGAUGCUGCGGCUAUUAAAAGUUAUCAGCAAGGUCAUGGUGAAUGGAUCGAUGUAAUGAAGAGUGCAUUAGGAAAACUUGGAAAAGUUAUUAAAAUUUAUCCAGACGGUGAUCUUCGAGUUACAUUAGAGGGUCAUACUUGGACGUUUAAUCCUCUUAGCGUAGUCAAAAUUGCUAGCGGCCAAGGGGUAGCGGGUCAUCCUGAUGGUCAUCGUAUACAGCAGGAAUCUGCAUCUAAUGACGUGACUAUAGAAGUUGAAAAACUUCUUCGAGACGCGGCAAGAGGAGAAGCUGGCUUGACUGCAGUCAGAGAAUUUCUUAAAAAAUAUUCCGGCAAUGUUGAUAUUUGUAGUGGUAAAAAAACAUUUUUACAAGUUGCCGCACAUCAAGGAAACCGUGAAUUAUGUGUUCUGCUUCUUGAUGCUGGUGCGUCAUUGAAAGCUAUUGAUGAAGACGGUGAUCCGCCAUUACAUUAUGCUGCUUUUGGAAAUCAACCUGGUGUAAUGGAAUUAUUAUUAAGUAGAGGAGCGCCGAUUGAUGCUGUAAACAAUAGUGGAUGUACGGCUCUUCAUGUCUCUGUAAACAAAGAAAAUUCAGCAUGUGUCCAAGUUUUAUUACGCCACGGUUGUAAUGUAAAUCUUCAAGAUUCUUAUGGCGAUACUGCAUUACAUGAUGCUAUAAGCAAAGAAACAGACAUCAUGUAUGCCUUAAUAAAUUACGAUUCAGUAGAUUUUACCAUACGAAAUAAACGUGGUUUCAAUGUUCUGCAUCAUGCGGCAUUGAAAGGCAAUGCACAUGCGACAAAAAAACUAAUGAGUCGAAUUCAACACCUUAUUGAUGUUAAGAAAGAUGACGGGUUUGCUGCACUACAUUUGGCUGCACUUAAUGGUCAUCGUGAAGUCGCCGCAAUUUUAUUAUCAGGAACCAAUGGAAGGGCAACUGUGGACCUUAGAAAUAAUCGAAAGCAGACACCGUUGCAUUUAGCUGUGUCUCAGGGCCACUGGUCUUUGGUUGAAUUACUUUUGCGGCACAAUGCUGAUAUAUUAGCAACUGAUGAAGACGGUGAUACUGUUCUUCAUAUAGCAAUAGCGAAAAGCCGUCAUCAUUCUACCACAUCACCAACUUCAGAUAGUCGUCGUGAUGCGCCAAUGAUUAAUGCUAUUUGGGAAGAUUUAGUAAAUGCAAAUGCUCCAUCAGAAUUAGCACUUGCGUGUUUCCUUGUCAGUGUAGAGAAUCAUGGCGCGUUUUUAAUGCAGGUAAAAAAUUCAAAAGGAAAACUACCAGUUGACUUAAUGCCAUUAGAACGAUCAGACAUUAAUUUUACUGAUCUACUUCGGUCAUACUUUUACUUUCGUAGAAGAAAUGGACCCGAACUUGACAGUGCGUCUGUGAGUAUUGAGCAACCAAGUUAUACCAAUACGCCUAUUGCCGAAGGAAGAAGUGAAGAAAGCACAAAGGGACCAUCAGUAUCUACAGAUCGAGUUUUAAAUAAAAAAGACGACUCAGUAAAAAAUGAAGACAGUUUGCAGAAUGAGGAAACACCUAAAAAAACUGAAAUAAAGGAGAGAGAAAAGGACAAAGACUUGGAGAGACUGCGUUUUCUCGAGACAAGAGUAGCUGAUCUUGAGGAAGUUAACAUGUGCAGUAUUUGCAUGGAACGUAGACGCAACGUUGCAUUUCUCUGUGGUCACGGUGCAUGUGAAAAUUGCGCUGCGCCACUUAAGACAUGUCAUAUGUGUCGAAAAACCAUUACCAAAAAAAUAAAUCUUUACUAGACAAAUAAC